UAUAUAUGUGUAUGUGACUUAGAAGAGAAUGCCAGAUUUACGGGCACCUGAAUUCUUAUUUGAUAUUUUCACGUUGGAUCGAGUUACGUCGGAAAAACUUCACGGUCGAGGCGUCGAUUAACGACCGAUAAUGUCAUCGAGUGAAAAUCCUUAUUGAAUGUGACACACUACACGGUUUAUCGAUCGAAAUGAUUCAUUUAUAUACGCGUCUAACGAAAUGUAGUUAUCCUUUGAUUGGGUGUAUUAAAGAACAUAUAUAUGUUAGAUUCAGUUAACACGAUUGCCACACGAAUUUUAUGUCCAUAUUUUACACUGUCAGUCGUAAUGGAUUAAAAUAUACUACACUAUAAUUUUUGCUGAAUAUUGUGUUGUAUUUGCCCACUUUCUCUCUGACAGUGUUAUCAAAGUCAUUCACAUUGUUGACAAUUUUCUUCAUGAAAUUUAUUUUAACCUCAAAAAUUUAGUAACGUAGAUCAUUGAUGACCAUCGUGGCAAUUAACGUGUUAAAAACUAAUUGUACCUCGUAAUUUUGUGAGAAAUGUAUACAUGCAACGAAGAGAUGCACAGAAUGCCGAGGGAUAUGUAUUCCUGGAAUAUAGCUACAGGUUUUGGGUAAAAAAGAGGCAACAACGAGUAUUGAUGAUAUUAGAUAGCAAAAAUGUAGAGUAUGAGACAAUUGAUAUAACAGAACCAGGAAAGGAGAUGGAAAAGGAAUUUAUGCAAUCUAAUGGUAUUGCGAGAGAUAGUAAAUAUCCAUUACCUCCACAGAUAUUUAAUGAAGAUGAAUACUGUGGGGAUUAUGAAGAUUUUGAUUUGGCAAAUGAAAUGGAUGAGUUGGAAGAAUUUUUGAAAGUGGAACCACCUGCUAGUGGAAAAGAAAAUGUUCCUGAUUCAAAUCAAAGUGAGGAAAUUCAAGAAAAUGGAAAUACUACAAGUCGAGAGCCUUCCACAGACAAAGAAGCAGCUGCAAUACAAGCAGAAAGUGUUGAAGAAAGAACAACUUUACCAAGUGAAAAUGUACAGUCAGAUGAACCUAAAUCUAUAGAAAAUGAUGGUGAAACAAAGCCUGAAGAAGAUACUACGGAACAUACAGAAGAAAAUGUUGAAAAAAAUGAAGAGAAAUCUGGUGAUCAAGAGAAAGAAGAGUAGAUGUGAAAUAAACCCAUAUGAUCGUGGGACAUUUUAUAUUUCUUUAAAAUCCUUGGUUUUCCACCGAAAAGGAUAUUUUAUAAAAGCUAUAUUUAUCACACUUCUAAGGCUGAGUGAAGGUACUGCCAAGAUAAUAUUUCUGCUUUCUGCAGAAAAUAUAGUUCACAGUAUAAAUGAAGCAUAAGCGAUACUUUUAUAGAAAUAUUUUAUAUUUGAAAUCGAGCAUGUUUUCACCAUCAGAUUUUUUAUCUGACUAGAAGAUAACGAAUUUCACUUUUCUUCAUAUCAGUAGAUAAUAUAAAUUUUUUAAUUUCUUAUGCUGAUAUUUUACAUUGUUUAUAUUAUAUUUUAUUCUUUACUUUUAAACGAAGCUCUAAUAAUGUGCUAGGAGUAAUAAAUUUUCAGUAUUGAGAACGCUUUUUUGUCCUGUUACUCGCUAAAACUAUAGCAAUGAAUUUUAGAUAGAUAAAUCCUACUUAGAAAUUUAUUUUUUUGUCUCAAAUUUCUUAUUCAUUAAUUAUUCUUAAUCAUUUUAUAAUUACAUUAAACUGUUUUUAAGAGUUUAUUAAGUGUCCUUGUAUAUUUAUCAGUGGUCCAAGCUAUAAAUUGUAGACUUACCAUUUGUACUGAAGAAUGGCUUCCAUUUACAAUGAUUUGGUCUUAAAUUGUACUAGUGUCAUUUGAUUGGUUUUGUACGAAAUUUCUUAGUGUGUAGUAAGUUCGGACAGUACGACACUCAGUUUUGUAUGAAAUGCAAUUCUUAUAAAAGACGACACGAAAUUAGUUAUAAUAGGUUGUACCGAUGAUGUCGUAUGCACUAACAAUUUUUUAUGGUCAAAUGCAUCUUAAAAUAAUUCUCGCUA